UGGACACACACGUGCGCAUUCUACACCACGCCGCGACACGUCCCAGUAGCCGGAGUGCGGGCACGCGGGCUACUUGCUGCGGUAGGCUGGCUGGGUGUGUGGGUGGUACGUGAGAUGCGUGGUGGAGUCCCCAGAGGUUGGGCUUUCGAGGCACUUUAACGUGUGAACUUGAGAGGGUUGCCGAAGCCACACGCUGGAGAUGCAUGAGAUACGUGCUGAAGAUACACACCGAUGAUAGAUACGAUACGCGCUGGAGAUACUGCUGAUAUACACUGAAGAUACGUGCUGAAGAUACUGCUGAUACACUACAGAUACCGAAGAUACGUGCUGAAGAUACUGCUGAUACACACUGCUGAUACUGAAGAUUCAGGCUGAAGGUACAGGCUGAAUAUACAGCAGAUACACAUCGGAUACUGAAGAUUCAGGCUGACGAUAUUGCAGAUACUGAAGAAUCAGGCUGACGAUAUUGCAUAUACUGAAGAUUCAGGCUGCAGAUACGUACAGCAGAUACACACUGCAGAUACUGAAGAUUCAGGCUGAAGGUACAGGCUGAAUAUACAGCAGAUACACAUCGGAUACUGAAGAUUCAGGCUGACGAUAUUGCAGAUACUGAAGAUUCAGGCUGAAGAUAUUGCAGAUUCUGAAGAUUCAGGCUGAAUAUAUUGCAGAUUCUGAAGAAUCAGGCUGAAGAUAUUGCAGAUUCUGAAGAAUCAGGCUGAAGAUAUUGCAGAUUCUGAAGAUUCAGGUUGCAGACAACGGCUGCAGAUACUGAAGACACACUGCAGACACUGAAGACACACACACUGCAGAUACUGCAGACACACGCUGCAGACACAGUCUGAAGACACAUUCUGAAUAUACUGAAGACUCAGGCUACAGACACAGGCUGCAGACACGUGCGUAGCCAUGCCAAGAGAUCUGUUUCAGAGCCCCGUGCAGAAGACUUGGCUGCCCAGUGAUCUGCCCGGAGUCGCGCCCCCAAGAUCAUGUCUGCCGCUGCUCGCCAACUCGCCGAUGCUGAUCGCCAUGGUCGGCCUCCCGGCGCGAGGGAAGACCUACAUCGCCAAGAAGCUGACGCGCUACCUCAACUGGGUCGGCGUGGCGACGCGCGUGUUUAACGUGGGCGAGUACCGGCGCGAGGCGGUGCGCUGCUACAAGUCCCACGAGUUCUUCGAGCAGAAGAACGAGGAGGCGAUGCAGAUCAGGAGGCAGUGUGCCCAGGCCGCUCUGAGAGACGCGAGGAGAUACAUCGAUGAGCAGCAGGGCCACGUGGCGGUGUUUGAUGCCACCAACACGACGAGGGAGCGUAGAGACAUGAUCAUCAACUUCUGUCACGACUGCGGCUACAAGCUGCUCUUCGUGGAGUCGCUCUGCGAUGACCCGGACGUGAUCGCCUCCAACAUCGCGGAAGUGAAGCUGAGCAGCCCGGACUACAAGGACUUCGACCUGGAGACAGCGCGGGACGAUUUCAUCAAGCGCAUCGAGUGCUACAAGACCGCCUACCAGCCCAUCGACGACGAGGUGGACAGCGAGCUGUCCUACAUCAAGAUCAUCAACGUGGGGCAGCGCUUCCUGGUGAACCGCGUGCGCGACCACGUGCAGAGCCGCAUCGCCUACUACCUCAUGAACAUCCACGUGCAGCCGCGCUCCAUCCUGCUGUGCCGCCACGGCGAGAGCGACAGCAACGUGCAGGGCCGCAUUGGCGGGGACCAGGGCCUCACGGCGCACGGCCGCCAGUUUGCUGGCGCGCUGUGCCGCUACGUGGAGGAGCAGAACCCGCUGGCGCUGCGCGUGUGGACCAGCCAACUGCGCCGCGCCAUCCAGACGGCCGAGGCGCUCGCGCUGCCCUACGAGCAGUGGAAGCCCCUCAACGAGCUGGAUGCCGGGAUUUGCGAGGAGAUGACCUACGAUGAAAUUAAGCAGAGGUUCCCUGAAGAAUUCUCUCUCCGCGCCGCCAGCAAAUACCACUACCGCUACCCCAACGGGGAGUCGUACCAGGACCUGGUGCAGCGGCUGGAGCCGGUCAUCAUGGAGCUGGAGCGGCAGGAGAACGUGCUGGUCGUGUGCCACCAGGCCGUGCUGCGCUGCCUGCUCGCGUACUUCCUCGACAAGGGGGCAGACGAGCUGCCCUACCUCAAGUGCCCGCUGCACACCGUGUUCAAGCUCACGCCGGCAGCCUACGGCUGCAAGUUGGAAUCUGUUCACCUGGAUGCAGACAGGACGAGUACAAAUGGAGAUGGACACUCGAGCGCCACGCGAGAACCGUGACGAACUCCGCGCGCCGUGAAACCGGCUCGCGCGACCCAGUCGCCCUGCAUCCGCUCGGCGGACGUCCGAGCGAGGGCGGCCUGCGCUCGGGGAUCGUAGCGGCCGGCCGGCGUCGCACGAGCAAUUCCCAAGCGCGACGGUGCCUCCGUCACUCAAGCAGCCGAGCGUGGCUCCACGCGUCGGCGAUUCCCUCGCGUGCGGCCGAGUUUUUGCGCGCGGGCGCGGCUGCGGGGACGGGAGCGCCACCCGCGGUCGAAUGACAGGGUCCCCCCGGGAAGCACAGGGUCCUCAUUUUUGGUUUUUAAAUGCAGACGAUGACGACGCCACCGCCGCGCAAGCCACUGCCGAUCGUCGUGCGGGUAGCCGGAGUACCCACGCCCGUGACAUACGAGUACGUUAAACUAACGGACGGGCGCCUGUUUAAUUAUCAGCUGCUCCUCACUCGCCCCCGUGCGGGGGGCAGGGGUCAGUGACUCGGUGGCUCGCUUUACCGCAAAAUGCGUGGAGAGAGUAAUCCGAUUACUUUAGUAGAACGCGCGGAAAGAUCCGCGUGUUCCAACCCCCGUUGCGCGCUGGUGAACAAUACAAUCGCCAUAUUCUCCGAUUAUAAGACGCGCAUAUUUUUUUUUUAAUCUGUACUUCAGAGCAUAAGUUGGGGGUGCGUGUUACAAAUCCCGGUAGCUGUAGGGGUGAGAAUUAAGCCGGAACUUGUCGACAUGUUCGAGCGCAAACAUGCAGCGGUUUUACCGGGGAAAGGUUUUGAACGCCAAAAGAUUUAGCGUUUCCAAAAUAACGUGGGGGGGGGGCGGGGGGAAUCCGACUAAGUUAUUUUUUUCCCCAAAAAAACCUCCGUGAAUUUGCGUGUUUUGUUUUAUUUAUGCGUUAUUUAUUAAAGUGAUGUUUCUCAUCCGAGGGGUCAAAGGUCACCACCACAAGUGACUCCCCGGCACCACGUAGCUGUGUUUUUUUUCUAUUUUUUUUUAAACUGUUACUGUGCACAGGCCGAAAACGUCAAGCGGCCAGCAAUGAGCAGCGCGAGUAAAAGUUGUACUCGAUAAAGAGCGUGACACGUUUCUUGAGUUGAGUAAGGUCGUUGUUUUGGAA